GGUCUCAAAGGGCGCUCUGUGGUAUCAGUCAGAGUCUGUGCUGUACUAAGAAGAACACAGCCUUUGACUAUUUCUCCUGAUUUCUCUAUUUUUUUUAGACAGAUCCAUCACAAUGUGUACUGGGAAGUGUGCGCGUUUAGUGGGGCUUAUUCUUCUGCCCUCAGCUUUUUUGUGUAUAAUAGCCAAUAUACUUUUAUUCUUUCCUAACGGAGAAAAGCUGGAAACUGGCCAGAUUUCCCUUCAAGUCUGGCUUAUGGGAGGUGUUCUUGGUGGAGGACUAAUUAUGAUGUGUCCAAGCUGCUCAGCCAUCAGAGCCGGGGGCAAAGGCUGUUGCGGGGCAGGUUGUUGUGGAAACCGUUGUCGUAUGCUGAAUUCUGUUUUCUCUUCUGUGUUUGGCGUUGCUGGGUCAGUCUACUGUGCCUGUGUUGCCAUUGCUGCACUGGCUGUUGGGCCACUAUGCCAAGUCGAGAGUGGUAAAUGGGAAUAUCCCUUUGAGAAUAUGCCAAAGAACAGCAGUUACCUGGGGGAUAAGACUACAUGGUCCAUGUGCGUCUUUCCCGAGAACGUGGUUCUCUGGCACAUCGUGCUGUUCUUCAUACUUUUGGGUCUGUCUCUGAUCCAGCUGAUACUGUGUGUCAUUCAGGUUGUGAACGGAUGUGUAGGCUGCCUUUGUGGAGACUGCCGGAAAAAGAAAUCGGAUGAAGGAGGUCUGUGAGAUCUGUGGAUGAGCAAAACAACAACCACAAAUCAGCGACGAUUCAAUCUGCCAUCCUCACAACAGGAAAAGAGAUUUCACUACAUUAACAACUAAGCCAUCACUAAAACUGAUGUGUGUGUAUAUGUAACUUUAUUUUAACCUUAUUAUGUGCCAUUGCUACUAUACCUGUAAAUUAUAACCGAACAUCAGACUUGGCAACCUUGAUGUCGUGUUAGAUAUUAUAUAGAAAUAUCAAAAUUUGUUGUCCUUUUUUUUUUAUAUAAAUGUUGUGCAUUUUGGAAUAAAACAUCAUCAGGUCCUAAUGGUCUAAUACAACCGUCUUUUACAAUAAAACAAAAUUUGCUGACAUUUA